GCAAGCCAUCAAAGCAACAAAAGCUGGAGGGGCUGAAUUCAAAGGAGCACCGACUUCCUGGAGCUGCAGCAGGAGCAAGCUUGCUAACUGCGGAAAAAAUAACAGUCAAUGGAAGCGUCGCUGUAAAGUUGAAAACCUUAUACAGAUGGGUCCAAAGCACCCAUUUUGUACAACAGAUAUGUCAAAUAGCAUCGGUCCUAGACGCAUUUAAUCCGGGUAUCGUCCAGGCUCCAUGUCUCAAUAUUACUGCGCCGAUGUGGGGAGGUCCACGGUGCGGGGUUGUUACUUGCAUCCGUAGGCUUUAGGCCACCAAGCGGCCUAAACGCAGUCACUCAGAUCAGUGACAUCUAGCUAGUUAGUUUUAACAAUACAUGGAUAUUUAUAUCCUGUAACCUUUCAACAGGCUGUAGUUAGUUGUGUGUUUAUGGCACUUAGUUGGCUAACUGAGUGUAACACAGUUAGCUGGCUUGCCAGCGUUAGCUAAUGCUAGCUCGUUUUGAGUUGCGCUGUAGGUUGCUAGCUAGCUAAUAUUAAAUCUGGACAGCUAAGUUAGCAAGCUAGUUAAGUUUUUCAAAGUCACAAUUUCUCCAUUUGAAUUGUUUAUUUUUAUUGCAUACGUUUUAUUGUUUAUUUCAAAAACCUAUAAUUCGGCUAGAAAGGCUGCACCUCCUGAAUGUUUGCUUCAUUUUAGCUAGAUAGCCAUAUAACUCGGAAUUUGUAAUAUAGCAAUGUCUACAUCUUCCGCCGAUAUGCUUGAAACCCCAACUGGAUAUCCCUUUGAAGAGAUAGAAUAUGGGGAUAUUGAGGUUGAAGAGGUGGUUGGAAGAGGAGCUUUUGGCGUCGUCUGCAAAGCUAAAUGGAGAGGCAAGGACGUAGCCAUCAAGACGAUAGAGAGCGAGUCCGAGCGAAAAGCGUUUAUAGUCGAGCUUCGACAACUUUCGAGGGUGAACCACCCCAACAUCGUGAAGCUUUAUGGUUCAUGUAAUAACCCAGUUUGCCUUGUAAUGGAAUAUGCUGAAGGUGGAUCUUUAUAUAAUGUGCUGCACGGAGCCGAGCCCCUCCCCUACUACACCGCCUCUCACGCCAUGAGCUGGGCCUUACAGUGCUCCCAGGGAGUCUCCUAUCUCCACGGCAUGAAGCCCAAGGCCCUCAUCCACAGGGACCUCAAACCACCAAACCUGUUGCUGGUGGCGGGCGGGACGGUGCUGAAGAUAUGUGACUUCGGGACGGCCUGCGACAUUCAGACGCACAUGACCAACAACAAAGGAAGCGCAGCCUGGAUGGCCCCGGAAGUGUUUGAAGGCAGCAAUUACAGCGAGAAGUGCGACGUCUUCAGCUGGGGGAUCAUCCUGUGGGAGGUCAUCACGCGCCGGAAGCCCUUCGACGAGAUCGGAGGCCCCGCCUUCCGCAUCAUGUGGGCCGUGCACAACGGUACGCGGCCUCCCUUGAUCAAGAACCUUCCGAAGCCCAUCGAGAGCUUGAUGACGCGCUGCUGGUCCAAAGACCCUUCACAGCGUCCCUCCAUGGAGGAGAUCGUGAAGAUCAUGACCCACCUCAUGAAGUACUUUCCAGGAUCUGAUGAACCCCUGCAGUAUCCCUACCAGUAUUCAGAUGAUGGUCAGAGUAAUUCCGCUACCAGCACAGGGUCCUAUGUGGACUACACCUGCACCAGCACCAGUAACAGGAGCGACAUUAACAUGGAACAGGGAGACUCUCAGGGGAGCAACGACACCAUCAAGAUCAUGGAGACGAAGUUUGCACCUCCGUUCAAACCAAAGGGCGACGCGAUGUGGAGCCUCCCCCUGUCCAGAGGGGGCAGUGUGGAGAGCCUCGCGGGGCGGCCGCAGUGCCUGGCGUCGUCUGACAGCAAGCGAAUGAGCACCGACCUGUCGGAGCUGGAGCACAGGAUGCCCUUCGGACCCGCAGCACGCCCCCAGCAUAAGCGAGGCCACCGUAAAACCGCCUCGUUCGGCACCAUUCUGGACGUUCCCAAGAUCGUCGUCACAGCCACGUGCGAGUCCCAGAGACGCAGAUCCGUGCAGGACCUCCCGGGGAUCGGCACCGAGUCCAGCCAGGGGAGCCGGAACAGCAGCAGGUCCUCCAGCCCCAGCAUGAGGAUGAUCACGUCGGACAAGACAGGCAGGGGCGGCUACAGCUUCUCUCCAGACGACCCCUCAGAUUCAAACGGAUCAGACAACUCCAUUCCCAUGGCUUAUUUGACACUGGACCACCAGCUACAGCCUCUCGCGCCCUGUCCGAACUCCAAAGAGUCCAUGGCCGUCUUCGAGCAGCACUGCAAAAUGGCCCAGGAGUACUUGAAGGUGCAGACGGAAAUCGCCCUGCUGCUACAGAGGAAGAAAGAGCUGACGGCCGAGCUGGACCAGGAUGAGAAGGACCAGCAGAACGCCUCGCGCCUGGUGCAGGAGCACAAGAAGCUGAUGGAGGAGAACAAGAGCCUGUCCACGUACUUCCACAAGUGCAAGAAGCAGCUGGAGCUGAUCCGCGCGCAGCAGCAGAAGAGACAGGGCACCUCGUGACCGUGCCCCCCUCCCCUGGCCCCCCCGGCCCCCCUCCCUACAACA